AUGCCCGCCUCAGUGUCAACUGUAGAAGAUGAAGAAGCGACUGAGAUAGGAGAGGAUGACGAAGCGGAUGAUCAAGAUGGGGAGAUGGAAAUUCAGGAGAGGCAGACAGGGCCCGCUCUUUCCAGCGAGGCAAAACCACACUCAGUAACACUGCCCACUGCAUGGAACUCCCAGCAAGCUAUCAGUAAUAUGGAGAUCGAACGAAUUCCCAAGGAUAUUCUCACAGCUUCUGUGUCCUCGGUCAAACGGGACAUCCUCCUCAUCUCAAGCCGUGCUGCCCCAGGGAGGGACGACACAGCGGGGAUAUGCUGUCUCCUGGUGCAUUCGAUAUUCUUAGAGUGGGGAGCAAACUAG